AUGCUAUGCAGCGAUGCGGACUCGGAGCCCGACGCUCUUCUGUUGAGCAGGCUCUCCGCGAUCGCCUGCACCUGCGCGCUAAGGUCGGGCUCGCUCGACAUUUGCAUGACGCCCGCGGGGCAGCUCCGCUUCGACAAGCUGAGCACCCUCGUGCGUAUCAUCCCAUGGCCCGAUCCGUUCCCGUUCGCAAUCGGCGCAAUGGGCGUUCUCAAGUCGUCCAUCCCCUUCGAGUUGCACAAUCCUUCCCUCAAGUGCGUCGUCUCCGCGCGUUGUGCGCAUUCCGCCCCGCGCACAGACGAGCAUGCGCGGAGCAUCAUCCUCGACUGCUUCUUCUGCAGCACGCCCCGUCACCUCGACAUGGCCAAGGCGGCGCCGCGGCAGACGCGUGGCUCUGCAGUGGACCCCCUCCUCGCGAUCAAACACCUCAUCGCCCACGCCCAACUCGCUCCUCACGCUGUUCCCCGCGAUGCAGUCCACGCGUCCGUCGUGCCACGCCCCUGCGUGGAUGCGCCCCCGACGCGUGCCUCCUCGCUGCGCAUUCUGUACGGCGCGGUCGUGAUGCCGCCUGUGCAUCGUGUUCACGCACCUGAGGCCCGUGCGGACGAUCGCGAGGAUCUGCUUGAGCUGAUUGGUGAACAUGCGCCUACGCUCUGA